AUGGACAUCGCAGAGGUGUGCACUGGCCCGUCGCAGCGGGAGUCCUGUCCGCCGGCACUUGAGCCGCCGCCUGCUCCUAGUUCUGUGCAUAUGUGGAGAAUAGCACAAGGAGCGACUGCAGCUGUGGCCUGGAACAAAUGGCUAUACGUGGGCACUGCAAAUGGGUCAUUGGUUGUGUUUGAUCUAGACACUUACCAGCAGCUGCACGAGUUUGAUGUGCACACUGGCAGUAUGAUUACUCUUGUGGUGCAUAAAAACAUGCUUUUCAGUGGUUCGUCAGAUUCGCUGCUCAAGGUUUGGAGCUUGGCGGCUGACGAGCUGCCGGUGCUAUUGCACACAAUCUAUUGCUUGGAGGAUAUUGGAGAUAUUUUUUGCAUAGCUUAUGUGGAACCACUACGGACGGUUUAUUUCGGUACCCAGAAUGCCUCGAUCCAGUGGGUGACGCUCCCGGAAACGGCGAACAGCUCAGAGACUUCAACAGCAGCUGCUGCAAACCAUCCUGCUGUGCGGCCGUCACGCUUUUUUGACUCGGCCGGGCCAGGUGGGAAGCUUGCGCCGCCUCAAACUCAGACGAAGCAGCUGCAGAUCGAUGAGGACUUCAAAUCGGACGAAACACUUCUCGAAGUGCCCCUGAAAAACUGCAUCAACUUUGCACACAAUGGCUUUGUAUAUUGCAUGAAAACUACCCAAAUUUCCGCCAAUGAACCUUUGAUUGUCAGUGGAAGUGCUGACGGUACUGUCAAGGCCUGGACGGUUGGCGCUUUAGGGGUUCUUACUGAGCUUCGAAAGGUCGUUUGCCCAGAUGGCGUUUUCAGCAUGGACAUUGUCGCUGACUGGCAGCUUUAUUGCGGCCUGGAAUCAGGCAGAGUCAUGCUCAUUGAUUUAGAGACUUGGCAAGCCCUUAGUUAUCGUCUCUCUGCGGAAUCACCAUUCAUCGCCUUAGUCGGGGUUGGUGAUGCAGUUUACGCAAUGGCAGAUGAUACUAUCUUCUACCAUUUACCCUCAACAUCAACCACGGUUAGUUGGAAAGCACCUGGUAUUAUAACAUCCUGCUCGAUCUCUGAAUACAAGCCCAAUCACCUGAUUACUUCGACAGCGGAGGGCCAGAUUUCACUAUAUUCACUAGUACGUUCAACCCCUUCACCAGCACCAACUGGCUUUCCAAAAGAGGCUGCGCAGGGUCUUACCAACGAUGAUAUGAUAUCAACACUAUCACGGUUAGUUCGCUACCAAACAGUGUCGUCCCGUGAUGGCCAGUUCUGGUCAGAAUGUCGACGCUGUGCGUCGGCGCUUCGAGAUCAUAUGAGGUCAUUGGGCGCAGAAUCAGACCUUUGGCGGGUUGAAAAGGGUAAUCCUAUCGUAUAUGCCCGCUUCAAGGCAAACGCACCUGGAAUUAACCCCGGAAAAAUCGUGUUUUACGGGCACUAUGACGUGAUCGAGGCCAGUGGUGGUAACUGGAAAACUCCACCUUUUGAACUUACCAGUAUUGAUGGGUACAUAUAUGGCCGUGGUGUAUCUGAUAAUAAAGGACCCUGUCUAGCGGCGAUCUAUGCUGCUGCCGAACUGUAUUCGCGCCAGAGCUUACCCAACGAUAUGGUAUUUUUAAUAGAAGGUGAAGAAGAAAGUGGUUCACACGGCUUCUUGGAUGCGGUAACAAAACACCGCGAAGAAGUCGGAGACGUCGAUUGGGUAAUAUUUUCCAAUUCGUAUUGGUUGACCGAUUCGCGGCCUUGUUUAAACUACGGACUCCGAGGUAUCGUUUACGCUAAAAUUACAAUCACAUCCGACAAAGCUGACGUGCAUUCAGGUAUAGAUGGAGGUGCGGCUCGUGAACCCGGUCAUGAUAUGGUUCAGCUAUUGGCGAGACUAACAGAGCCUACAGGUGAAAUUGCCAUUCCAAACUUUUCUCAGUCUGUCCUCGACAUGUCUCCCGAGGAAAGUGAACUGCUGGAUGAAACGGUAGCCACCGAAGGCUUUGAACUCAACCGCUCUGAUCUCACACAUAAAUGGUUCCGUCCCUCUUUGACGAUCCACAAAAUGAACGUUAGCGCACCAAACCCCACUGUGAUUUCCUCGCGAGUGACAGCCUAUGUUUCCAUCCGCAUCGUGCCCAACCAAUCUUCGGCCGAGAUUAAAAAGCUUUUGAAUGAUCACCUGAGCAGUGUUUUUUCCACUUUCAAAACACCAAAUAGGAUGGAAAUCGAGUAUCAUUACGACGCUGACCCAUGGCUAGGCGACUACCACUCCUCGCCCUAUCGUAUCAUGACAGAAGCAUUGACAGAAGAGUGGGAUGGAGUUGGACCUUUAUUCGUUCGAGAAGGCGGGUCAAUUCCAAUGGCCAGGGCUUUAGAGAAGCUUUUCGAUGCUCCGGCUGCUCAACUUCCAUGUGGCCAAAGCUCGGAUCGAGCCCACUUGACCAAUGAAAGACUCCGCAUCACAAAUUUGUUGGCUGCGCGAAACGUAUUCGUUAAGCUGUUCAAAGAGCUCCGCUCCCAAAACUAA